AUGGAGUUCGAGGGCGUGAGAUUUCCGCCGUUGCCGUCCGACUCCUACAGCCCUUCGCUCGAUGGCCAAGUCACGAAGUGGAUCCCCCAUGAUAUCUCCCAGGAGGAGCUACCCACCCGCCUAUGUUUGAGCUGGGCUUUUGUGCUGUCUCUCUAUACAACCUCGCCAGAUGUGCUGUUUGGGGUGCUCGAUGACACACAGGGUCAAUGCAAGGGCGCCAAUGCCAUUGUUCCUUGCCAUCUGAAUCUGGACUCGGUCGACACCGUUCGCGCCAGCUGUGCGAUGGUCAACCAGUACUGGCAGAUCAGUCGCCAUUUUGAGCAGAUGGGGCUGGACAAUCUGCGCACGAGCAGCGCCGAGGCGACUCGUCUCUGUGACUUUCGCAACGUCUUGGUCAUGCGCCUGAUGGCUGGCCUCGACGAGCCGAGUAAUGACAGACUGUCUGAAUCAUUGAGUUCUCAGUAUCCACUGGUCUUAAUAUGCGGCCUGGAUCGCGAAGGUGUGACGGUCCGUGUGCAUUUUGACUCGACCGUUCUCUCUCCCGAGGUGUUCGAGUCGGUCCUGCACACACUCUCGCACACUCUGACGCAAGUCACUUCCACGGCCAACCUCGACACACGUUGGGCGCACAUUCAAACCAGUAACCCCAAAGAUCUCAAGAAGAGUCUCCACUGGAACACGCAGAGCGGCACUGAAACAAGCCGCGAAUGCGUUCACCAUCGGAUCGAACGUCAUGCCACCGAACGGCCCCUGGCACCCGCUAUCUGCGCGUGGGACGGAGACUUCUCAUACGGCGAGCUUGACGAGAGCGCGUCUUACCUUGCCCAUCAACUCUUCCAUGCCGGCCUCACAUCCGAAGGCCUUGUCUUUAUUCUGUCGGAAAAGUCCAAGUGGACGCCCGUCGCCAUCCAUGCCGUCCUCAAGGCCGGAGGGGCUUUCUCGUUGAUGGAUCCCUCGCAGCCGACUCACCGGCUUGCCACGCUCUCCGACCUCGCGUGCCCUCAUCUGAUCCUGGUCUCCAAGCAGUACUACGCCAAGGCCUGUCUCCUCGGACCUGAAGUGAUGAUUAUCGAGGAGAUGAGCGCUGAACCUCCCGCCAAGGACCCAGAGAUGCCGCGCUGGCGGGAACGGGCUAGGGUUCAGAGCCAUCACAUGCUCCAUGUGGGCUUCACCUCUGGGUCGACAGGCACUCCCAAGGGCGUCAUCACCGACCACGCCGCCUUGACCAGCGGGGAGCCCGUCUCCGGACUCGACAGCUCGUCCCGCGUACUGCAGUCGACAUCAUACUCCUUCAGCGCCUGCAUGUGGGAGCACCUGGUGGCCUUGACCUACGGCGCCUGCCUGUGCAUCCCGUCCGAGGACGAGCUGCAGAAUGAUAUCGAAGGGACCAUCCACCGUCUCGGCGUCACCUGGGCGAUGAUCACUCCGUCCGUCGCGCGGGUGCUCGAGCCCACCAAGGUACCCAGCAUCCAGACCAUGUUCCUGGUCGGCGAAGCGAUCGGCCGGCUGGAAGUUGGGAAGUGGGCGCAUCAGGUCGCCCUGCACUCGAUGUACGCGCAGUCCGAGUGCGGGAGCCCUAUAAUGACGAAGCGGAUCCUCGAGCCCCGAGACCUGUCAGCGGUGGGAUCGCCCGGCGCCGCAAUCGGAUGGAUCGUCGAUGCGCAGGACCACAAUCGCCUGAUGCCGCUGGGCGCCGAGGGGGAGCUGGUGCUUCACGGGCCGUGUCUGGCUCGGGGCUAUCUCCACAACCCCGAGCAGACGCACGCCACCUUCAUCACGUCUCCGGCCUGGAUGGGGCAGGUCGGCUAUGCAUCAACCACGCGGUUCUUGAAGACGGGGGAUCUCUUUUCGCGCAGCCCCGUGGACGGGUCUUACCAUUUCCGCGGCCGCAAGGGCGGCAAGGUCAAGGUCCGGGGCCAGAGAAUCGAGCUGGCCGAGAUCGAGUACCACCUGCGCGCCCAGUUUCCGGAGGCCUCCCAUGUCGUGGCGGAGCUGGUGCGGCCCCGCGACGUGGACUCGCAGUAUGGCAUGCUCGUGGCCGUCAUCCCCGUCACGUCUAUGCGGCCAAAUGGCGUAAAUGCUGCGGGUCACUGCCAGCUCCUGCCCCCCGAUGCAGUGUUCCUGGCCCGCGCACGACGGGCGUUGGACCAGAUGAGCGAGGUGCUGCCGUCUUACAUGAUCCCUAACUCCUUCAUCCCGGUGGCCAGUCUGCCGCGCACUGCGUCCGGGAAGAUGCACCGCCGACUCUUGGUCGAGACCAUCUCCCGGCUCUCUCGCAAGGAGAUCCUGGCGUACAUGACAGCCUCCCAGCUGUAUCGCCCUCCGAGAACCGAGAGGGAAACACUCUUGCAGUCAAUUUUGGUCAAGACACUGUCCCUCGCCGCGGAAGAAGUCGGGAUGGACGAGUCAUUCCUCGGCUUAGGGGGUGACUCGCUGUCCGCGCGGCAGCUCGUAACACUCGCGCGUGGCGAGGGACUCAGCCUCACGGUGAUGGACUGUCUCCAGCAGCCCAGUCUCAGCUCCCUCGCCGAAUGCGCGAAGACCAGUCACUCAGAGCCUGUCGACCAUAUCCAGGCCACUCAGGAGGACCCUUUCAGCUCGCUGCGCCACGACUUCUUCGACAAUCUUCCCCCCGACCUAACCGCCGACAUGAUCGAAGACAUAGCUCCGGUCCGCGAGACACAGCUCUUUCUCGUGCAGUAUCAGAUCCUCGACUACCUUCAGAUCCGGAUGGCUGGCCCGCUGGACCCCGUGCGACUGCGCGGGGCGUGCGAAGGCCUGGUGCAGGGCCACCCGAUUCUGCGCACGAUCUUCCUCCCCUUCCACACCGAGCACGUCCAGGUCAUCCUGCGAGCGGUCGACGUGCCGUGGCGUGUCGUGAGCCCGCCCAUCGCUGGCCACGACGCCGACCUCUGGGCGCACGCCGUCUGCGCCGAAGACCGCAGCACGUCGACGCCGCUCGGCGGGCCAUUCCUCAAGUUCAUUCUGCUGCAGGAUGCCUCCCUGCAGCAACAUACGCUGAUCAUCCGCAUCAGCCACGCCCAAUUCGACGGCCUCUGCCUAGACACGCUCCUAGGCGACCUCGCCCAGCUCUACCGCGAGAGAAGCAGCCCGCUCAACAUUCAAACCACCUACGCGGACUUUGUACGCACGUGCGCCACGCUGCGCACGCCGCCGGCCCUGCAAUUCUGGCAGACCCUCCUCGCCGACGCCACCCCGACCGCACUCCCGCUCACCCCGUCCACCGCGCCCCAGGAGGCGGCGUGCAUCGUAGCCACGCAGGACAUCCCGACGGCGCUACCGCCGCCGGCCGGCACGACCUGGGCGACGGUCGUGAAAGCGGCGUGGGCGCAGGUGCUCCGCGAGCGGACGCGCCAGCCGGACGUGACCUUCUGCCAGAUGGUCAACUGCCGGUUCGUGGACGUGCCCGCGCCGGAGCGCAUCGUGGGGCCGUGCCUGAACCCGGUGCCCGUGCGCGUGCGCGCCGCGCCGGCCUGGACGGUGCGCGAUCUCCUGCAGGCCGUCCAGGACCAGCACGUCGCCUCGCUGGAGCACCAGACGCUUGAGUGGGGCGACAUCGUGGCCCACUGCACGCCGUGGCCGCGCGACACCGAGAUCGACUCGAUCGUGCUGCACGAGAACAUCGACGCCAGCCCCGUCACGACCGUUGAGGGGAACGCCGUCUGGCGGCUCAAGGCGCACAGCGUGGAUAAUCCGCCCGAGCGCACCAUCUACCUCUACACGUAUCCGCAGCCGGAUUCGCUGUACGCCGUGCUGGUGCUGUCCAGUGCGGUGGGCAGUCAGGCGGAGGCGCAGCGGCUGGUGCGGCGGUUCGGUGAGGUGGUGGGGUUGUUUGUGCAUCGGCCGGGGGCGAUGCUCUCUGCGUUGUGA